AUGACAGUGACAAUGAAAAUCACCGUGCCCGAGGCUUGCCUUGCGGGCUUGGAGGCAAGUCUCCAGGAAUGCAAGCGCAGCAUUUCUGACUUGCAUCCAACAAUCGAUGCCGCUCUGCCAAAGACCAAGUCCGGAUUUAAGGCGCCUUUCGUGCAGGCCACUUACCAUCUAAGUCUGUCUCGGGUGGUCGCUGUACACUAUCCCCAGAUACAGCCAUUGAUAGCCUCCUUGAAGCAGCACUUGUCAAAGACACAAAGGUUCAAGGUGAGCUUUGGACGACUGGAGGCUUUUGAAAACGACGACAAGACGCGUAGCUUCCUGUCCAUACUUGUCGACCAGGGCUUUGACCAGGUCUGCAGGGCUGUGCGGCGCACCAACAGGGCCUUUGCAGAACAUGGGCUGCAGCAGUUCCACAAAGAUCCGCGGCCGCAUGUGUCGCUGAUGUGGGCGCUCGGCAGCACGAGUCAGCGCUUAGUCACGCUGAGUCAGGAGGUGCAGACGGGGCUGGGGCUUGCUCUGCAGGAGCACCCUUGGGAGUGCAAUGUUUCGAAGAUUGAGUGUCGCGUGGGGCAACGAAUAUAUGCUGUCUGGGAAGCUAUUGGCAGCUAA